AUGAGUGUGUGUGUCUGCGGUGCUUCCUACCUGCGGAGGUGGCUGCUCAGAGCUCUGUUGUUCCUGGCUGCUGUGCUGCCAUCGAGCGCCGACUGCCCCAAAUCCUGCGCCUGUAACGUCCCCACUGAGGUGCACUGUACCUUCAGAUACUUAACCGCAGUACCUGACCACAUCCAGCCAGCUGUGGAAAGAAUGAACCUUGGGUACAACAGUAUAACAGUGCUGAGAGAGAAUGAUCUCUCAGGACUUGAGCACCUGGAGCUGGUGAUGCUGCACAGCAACACUAUACACACUAUUGAGGACAGAGCCUUUAAAGACCUCAAGUCAUUACAGGUCCUGAAGAUGUCAUACAACAAAAUAAAGACCAUUAACAAAGAGACCUUCAAAGGCUUGGACAGUGUUCUGAGACUCCACAUUGACCACAACUACAUUGAGUUUAUUAGCCCAGAGGCGUUCUACGGCCUGACCAAGCUGCAAUUGGUCCAUCUGGAGGGCAACCGCCUGCAGCAGCUCCACCCGGACACAUUCAUCACGCUGAGGCACAGCCAGGUUUUCAAGAUAUCCUCAGUGAGAAGCAUCCACCUCUCAGACAACCUGCUGACCGCCCUGCCAGCAGACAUUUUCUCUGGGUGCAGCCAAUUAGAGAACCUCUACCUCCAUGGGAAUCCCUGGACAUGUGACUGCAGCAUGAAGUGGUUCUCACAUUGGACACACAGGAGCACAGGUGUGUUGAAAUGCAAGCGAGACCGGAGAUAUCCAGGUGGCCAGCUAUGUCCUGUUUGUGAAAAUCCUGCCCCUCAUCACAACAAAGUUCUAUCCCUUCUCCAAAGUGAUGCUUUCACCUGCUCCAAACCAUGGAUCCACCCUAACCUGAAGCAAAAAAACAUCAGCAUGGAUGAGGGAAAUUUCAGUCCAGUUUCCCCCAAGGACUUCAUUGCACCAUUAGGCUCCAUACAAAUGAACUUAACUGACCAGUUUCACUAUGAUGCCAGUCUGUUCUGCACCGUCCAGAGGCCUACUGCAUUUGAGGACUUGACGCAGACUGUGGAAGUGGAAGAAGGAAACAAUGUUACUGUGCUUACCGCUAACAUAACUACAUACUUGGUGUGCAAUAUAGAUUACGAACACAUCCAGCAACUGUGGCAGAUCCUGGCUGCCUACAGUGACUCUCCCAUGAGGCUAGAGAGGGGAUUAAUGCUGGCCAGAAGUCCAGAAAUGGUGUACAGAUAUAAUCAGUUGAAAGCAGAUGGAGAGGAAGAAAUAAACACCAACAUUGAAGCGGAUAUCAAAGCUUCUCCUGCCUGGCUAAUGCAAGGACAGGUGAGCUUGCAGCUUGACCGGACGACUACCACCUUCUCUACCCUUCAUAUAAAAUAUCAGUCUGUGGUAAACCUACGACUGGAUAAUAUAUCAUCUAAACGGGAUCGCUAUUCAUGGACUAUGAUCAAGAGGGAUAAUAAAACCAAGACUGAACACGCUAUACUCACAGGUGGAGUGGCACAGUUGAACUGUCAAGUCCACGGUGAACCAAAACCAAUGCUGGAGUGGAUUUUGCCAGAUGGAAGUAAGGUCAGAGCUCCAUACUCCAGUGAGGACCAAAGGAUCAUAAUUACAACUGAAGGGAAGCUCACCGUCCGAGGUGCAGAUGCCUCAGACACAGGCCUCUACUGGUGCAUUGCCACAAACUACCUGGACGCAGACAUCCUUACUUUUCGAGUGACGGUUUUGUCCCCUGAUGUGGAGGAAGCAGAAGUGAAUGGUGUCCAAGUCGUGCAGCCACUGGAUGGAAAUUUGGCCUUUAACUGUACCUCCUCUGGAAGCCCGGAACCCUUGGUAUCAUGGAUUCUACCAGAUCAUUCAGUACUGGACAAGUUUAAUGGCGACGGAAAAGUAUCUGAGAACGGAAUGCUGGUGAUUCAGGGUGUCACAGAGAGACAUAGAGGAUUUUACAGGUGCCUGGUUGCCAAUCACUUGGGGGUCGACCUGCUUAUAUCGCAGGUGAUGGUGACUGAAGAAAGGCCUGAGAAAGGGACAAGUUUGGGCAGUGAUGGGUCAACAAUAAUUUCAGAGGUGAAAAUGGAUUCCAGCUUGACAGAGGACACUGACAGUGUCAGCGAGGUUCCAUCUUCUAAUUCUGCUGAUAGAGCAAGCCAGGAAUCAAGAACCAUUACCUCAGACCGACCUUACCCACGACUAAGGUCACGGGGUAGAGGGGACUCUAGAGGUAGAUUUGGAUCACGAAGAAGGGGUUCAAUCCGCAACAGACUUACCUGGAGUGGCAGAGUAUUUGACAAAGUCUCAAGGAAAGUAGACCCACAAAAAUUUGCUGAAUAUGUGAAGAAAGCUCAGAGUGGCUCUAGAGAUAAGACUGACACAGAAAAAGUAAAAAAUGAUUACACACAGACAGGAAUUUCUGGUGAUGAUGAAAAUGGCUCUGGUGAAGGUCACGAGGACUAUCUUAUUGCUGCAACAAACGUAGUCGAACCAACUACAAAUGACUCAACGUCUGUGUCUGAGUCCAUGUUCACACACAUUCCAGAUUUUGUUGGAACGACAAAUUGGGAUGUUUCAGAAAGAACCAGCAAGCCACCCUCAAACACACACCCAGUUACUCUCCAACUAACAGUUACAGAAACUUCACAAGAAACUCAAAUCCAGUUUUCAGGAGACCCACCUUCAGAACAGGAGACAUCCACGGGAGCAACGCUGCCAUUAACUACAGAUCCUAACGUCACCCCGAUGAAGGACGGACCUGGCUCAGUGGAAAUAGCUAUCCACGAAGACCCUGAAAGCCAAACCACAUUCACAUCGAUCACUACUACAGAGAGACAACAGGACGAGAUCACCUUCCACACUACCCAGACAAUAAAAUCUCCACGGCUACCAGCAGGCUCCACCAUCAUAUCCCGACAGCAGAUCCAUAUCAUUCCACGAAAAAACAGCAGAGGAGGAGGAGGAGGUUUGGGCAGCAGGAGGAUAUUUCAAGGUCGCCGGAGAAUCAUCAAACCCAACAAGAUUACUGAUAUACAAUCUUUUAUCAAUAAACUGAAACAGCCCACCCUGAAGAAGGAGGGGAAUGCCACUGUGCCUUACAGAAUUGAACUGACAACAGAUUGUGACUGUGAAGAAGACAAAAAGAAGACGACGACAAAUGACCUGCAGGUGGUCAAGCCAACAAAGAGGGUGAAUGCCAACACCCCAGCUCCGCACAACAAGGAGACCCACAAUGCCGUUUCUACUGAUUAUAACGCUGAAGUUACCGGUGUCAAUAUUGUUGGUUUUGAACCCACAACAGACGUCAUGACAAGCAAACCUAAGAUAGUCGGAGGAAAUGCAGCCAGUUUUACCGUUUUGUCUGACUCAGAUGCAUUCCUGCCCUGUGAGGCUACUGGGAAUCCACAGCCGGUUGUAACCUGGAAACGUUUCAUCCCCAGCACAGGAAACACCAUAACCAUCAAGGGCAGAAUGGGAAAGUUUGAGGUAUUAAACAACGGUACUCUUUCAAUCCAGAAUGCCAACAUCAAAGACCGGGGCCAAUACGUUUGCCUAGCUGAGAAUCACUAUGGAUCAGAUAAACUCAUUGUCACCCUUUCUGUGGUGGCAUACCCAUCCCGCAUCCUUGAACCAAAGCUGCGUGAGAUAAAAUCUCACACAGGUCACACUGUGGAGAUGAAGUGUAAAGCAGAGGGCCGGCCCAUGCCCGUGAUAUCUUGGAUAUUGGCGAACCAAACCCAAGUCCGGGGUGUGAACACAGAGAGAGGAAGAGUGUCGGUAUCUGCUGAGGGGACUCUUGUUAUUGAGAAUGUGACUAUUUUUGACAGAGGUCAUUACAAAUGCAUUGCCAGCAAUGCAGCUGGAGCCGACACCGCUACAGUCCGACUGCAGGUGGUGGCAGCUCCACCAGGUAUCACUGAGGACAAACGUGAGCAGCUGAAAGCUCACACAAACCAGAACUUGUGGUUACCUUGUACUGGUCAUGGCAGCCCUCAGCCCACUAUUCAUUGGGUACUCCAUGAUGGGUCAGUGGUUCGAUCCAGCCAACCUUCCAGUGGCACAAGAAUGUUUGUGCAUGAGAACGGGACUCUUCACAUAAAGAAUUUGACCCCAGAGCACAGUGGAAAGUACGAGUGUAUUGCUACCAGCUCCACUGGCUCCGAACGAAGAGUGGUGACUCUAAAAGUAGAGGUGCACCAGGCACCACCUCAGAUAGUGGAGAAAUCCAAGCGAAUGACCGAUUUGUCAUUCGGGGAUCAGUUAACACUUAACUGUUCAGCAACCGGAGAGCCCAAACCCAGGAUCAUGUGGAGGCUGCCUUCUAAAGCUGUGGUGGAUCAGUGGCACAGAAUGAGCAGCAGAAUUCAGGUUCAUGAUAAUGGCACUCUCAUUGUGAACUCCGUCAGUGAUAAAGAUGCUGGUGACUAUCUCUGUGUUGCACGGAGUAAGAUUGGAGAUGACCUUCAACUCAUGAAGGUUAGCGUGUCGAUGAAGCCAGCCAAGAUUGAGCCUAAGCUCUACGGAAAGAAGAAUGUGCCCUACGGUAAUGACUUGAAAGUAGACUGUAAAGCUACAGGAGCACCAAAGCCAGAGAUCUCCUGGGGUCUACCAGAUGGUACAGUAGUGAACAGCGCUCUGCAGUCCGAUGCCAGCAGUGGAGGAGUACGCACACGCCGCUAUACUCUGUUUGACAACGGAACGCUUUACCUAAACCAGGUUGGUAUGUCAGAGGAAGGGGCGUACACCUGCUAUGCUGAAAACCAGGUGGGCAAAGAUGAGAUGCACGUCCACAUCACUGUUGUGACAGCUGCUCCCAGGAUAAAUCCACCCAGUCAGCCACACAUCAGAGUGAAGCCUGGAGGAAACAUUCGUUUUGACUGUGAAGCCCUUGGGGAGCCCAAACCGAAGAUUUUGUGGAUACUUCCCACCAAUGACGUAAUAGCAGCAUCAAAUGAGCGCUACUUAAUGCACGUCAAUGGUUCUUUGGAUAUCAGGGACGUGAAGCCGACUGAUGCUGGGGAUUAUGUGUGCAUGGCCCGCAACCCCGGUGGAGAAAACAGCAAGGUUUACACACUUGAAAUUGAUGGAAUUCCACCAGUAAUUAAUGGAUACCGACAGAACAGGACAGUGAUUAAAGAUGUAGCACCUAAACACUCCAGAAAAUUCAUUGACUGCAAAGCUGAGGGAGACCCCACUCCCUCUAUCACUUGGAUUAUGCCUGAUAACAUCUUUUUGACAGCACCAUAUUUUGGCAGUCGGAUUAAUGUUCACCGUAAUGGGACUCUUGAGAUUCAUAACGUCCGGCCAACUGACACGGGCGAGUUCAUUUGCCUGGCAAGAAAUGAUGGAGGAGAGGCAGUAAUGGUGGUGCAGCUGGAAGUCUCCAGAAUGCUCCAACGGCCAAUUUUUAAGAAUCCCUUCAAUGAACGUGUCGUGUCUCGGUUUGGAAAAAAUGUCAUUCUCAACUGUUCAGCUGAUGGAAAUCCACUGCCAGAAAUAAUGUGGAUUUUACCUAAUGGAACACGGUUAACUGGCAGACCCAACACUGGCUCUCACCACCAAGAACACAGCGACGGAACUUUGACUAUCUUCAACCCUCGCAAAGAAGAUGCUGGGAAAUACCGCUGUGGUGCAAAAAAUUCCUUGGGAUAUAUUGAGAAGCUAAUCAUUUUGGAAAUUGGGCAGAAGCCUUAUAUUCUUACAAGACCAAGGGGAAUCAUACGCAGUGUUUCUGGAGAACCCCUUUACCUUCACUGUCUAUCUGAUGGGAGUCCCAGACCCAGAAUCUACUGGACCAUUCCUGGUGGCCACACUCUAACUCGACCUCAGGUUCUUGGGCGGUACCAUUUGCUAGAAAAUGGUACGUUAGUUGUACAUGACACAACGCUCCACGACCGAGGAAACUAUGUUUGCAGGGCUCGGAACGAGGCCGGGGAGGCUGGACUCACAGUCCCUGUACUUAUCAUUGGCUAUCCUCCAAGGAUCACCACUGGGCCACCUCCCAGUCUGAGGGCAGUGACUGGAACACCUAUUCGGCUCAGCUGUGUUGCCACCGGUAUCCCCAAACCACAAAUCACUUGGGAGCUUCCAAAUGAUUCAGUUCUCUCAACAACAGUGCAAGGAGACCAGACGGCUGGUGAGCUGCUCCACCCUCAAGGGACCCUUAUUAUUCAGAAGCCCACAGCGUCGGACUCAGGCACAUAUAAAUGCCUGGCCAAGAACCACCUGGGUACAGAUUCAAAAAUCACGUAUGUACUUGUGCUGUGAGGGAAAAAAAAGCAAGAGAAAAUGAUCUGCCCAAAUGUAAAUAUUAACAUAGGUAUAGUUCCAGUACCUACUGUCUGCAAGGUACAAGUCUUGUGAAAUAUCAGUGAAAAGAAGUCAAAGAUAUGCAUUUGGAAAAUAAACAGAACACAAAAACAAAACAGAAAAACACUUCAUAAAAGGAUAAAUCUGUCCUUUUGUAACCAGAAAACUACUUGGAGCUGCAAAACUGAUAUUAAAAAUGUGGAACUUGGGGUCAUGAGAUUCACAGUUGCUUCCCAUUUAGUGAUUCUCUCAUGGAAGUGAAAAGUACCAGCAAAUACCCAAAUAGCCAAAUACCUAAUAAAAAAAACCAAACCUAAUAGCCAAAAAAGACUUCUCUGACCAAGCGUUGGGUGCAGCAUCACAGCCGUAGAUGAUAUUGCAACACACACAACCAGAGUGAACAAAAGGAGGAAACAAAGCUCCUAACAAGUUUUCUUUUUUUUUUCCUUUAGUGCUUUGCAACCUGGCAGCAAAUGAAAAGAGCAGGCAGGGUAGUCUGUUCAGUGAGAUUCUGCUCAGGUGUAAUUUUGAGAUUUUUUUGCAUUUAAAGAUGUAGAAAGAAAACAUCUAGGGUUUGUCUUAAACUGGACACGUUGCAUGGACAGUACAGUCCAUGUUCAGAUCCUCAUCAGCAUAAUAGUGACGCCUUAAAUGAAAUCCCUUUAUGUCGAUUUGCAGCACAAUAAUAACCACAAAUGCAGACAAUCUAUUGUGUUGUACACAAGAUUUUAUAGUAAUGUUAUACAUUAUGUUUAUCUGUAAUAAUACAGUAUAUGUAUGUCUAUUUGUAGUAUCUACUUUAUGAAAAACGUGGGCAUGAAAAAGUUAAAACUAUGCAAACCUUGUUCCUUGUCAUGCCUUUAUUUUCAUGUUUGCUUUGAUAAUCGUUUUAAAAUGAGACAUGUCACAUGGGUAGGAAUUUUCACAACUCUACUGGAAUUGCUGUUGGACCUUGUGGGUUACUGAAACGUUGUUAUGAAAGUCAUUAGAUUUACCCAGUCGUUCCUCCCUUUCCAGCUGUGAAAAUAACUCUUGUCUCGGCCUUUCAGUGUUCGAACACACAGGGGAGCCUUUGAUUUUUGUGAUCGUGUCCCGACUUCAGUGCCCUAAUGUCAAUGAAAUUGAAGGAUGGUGGAAAAGACUGUAGAGUGAAAGAGAAGUAAGUUACUAACACAGAUAUUUAUGGAAUUAAUGAGUUGGUAUUCCUGCUUUUAUUUUGUGUAUCAGUAAUAUACAAUACAAAUUCCAACAUUGUACAGCUAAGAUUAUUCGAGACAGCUUGACAUGAAAUUUUCUUUACUCUGUCUCCAAAUGCAUUCUAUGACUUUCAGCAUAUCCGCACUCAAGAAAUAGUUUAAUUAUAUUUUAAUUAAGGAUGUCUGUGUUUUCUAUUAAAGACAACAACGAGAGACAGUUUAUCAAUAAAUUGCAAUAAUUGUGGAUUGCUAAUAAAGAUGGUUGUUUAUGCAAAACUUGCACACACAAAAAAAUGCAUUGUCUAAAUGCAAGAGUAAUAAAUUGAAUUAGUUUGUUAUUAAACUUCAGGUAAGAAAAAAAACCAAUGAAAGUGAAUUGAUGUUUGUUUUAUUGCUUUUCAGCUGUAGUGGACAUUACCAUGAAAAACAGUUACAUUUGUUUGUUUCACACAAUCAUUCAUUUUGACAUGUGUUUGUAUGUGCAGUAACAUUAUUUACUGCACCAUAAAAUGUAUCUGAUAAAGCAAUGGCUGAAAAUAUUGAAAUCUUAGAAUAAGAAAAAAAAUUGAUUUUGUGGCCAAAUUCAUGAUUCAUUUGAAUGAAGAUUCAAGAGGAUCUCAA